AUGCAUAACAAAAAGCACUCGAUACACUGCUCUCACACAACAUGCUCAAACGAUGCAGACAUCCGCAAGAUUUCAAAGGUACUGGUCAUCAUCCUGAUAUUUAUGAUGCUUGAGGUCUGGGGACAUUGGAAAACAAAUAGCCUGUCACUUCUUGCAGACUCACUGCACCUGAUGGUUGACAUUCUAGGGUUUAUCGUAAGCUUGCUUUCGCUAAGGUGGGCAAAGUGGCCUUCAGACAAACGAAUGACAUUUGGAUACCAUAGGAUUGAGAUCAUUGGCGCCCUGGUGUCGAUUGGGCUCAUCUGGGCUGCUGUUGGAUACCUGGUGAUUGAGUCAUUCCACAAGUACAUUCAUCCCGAAGAGAUAGAUGGAGGGAUGUUUUUUGGCAUAGCCGUUGUGGGAUUCUUUGUGAAUUGUGCAUGUGUAUAUGUAUUGCACUAUGAGGAGUACCAGCACAGGCUCAAGCACAAGAACCUGAACAUCCGUGCAACAUAUGUGCAUGUGAUUGGGGACCUCAUACAGUCGGUGGGAGUAAUAAUUGCAGGAAUGGUGGCGUACUUCUAUCCGGAGAAAGCGGUCGUGGAUGUGAUCUGCACGCUGUUUUUCUCUGUGAUUGUUUUGAUAUCAACUGGGUUUGUUUGCAAGGACGCAGUCUACAUUCUUGCAGAGGGCGCACCGUUGGAUCUUGAUACCGAAGCACUUAAAACGGAUGUCUUGGAGAUUGAGAAUGUGUAUAGGGUGGUCGAGCUGUAUGCAUGGUCGAUAUCGAUGAACAAAAAGGCCGUUUCGAUGAGGGUGCUUGCCGAUGAUUUGCUAAUCAAUGACUAUGAAAGCAUUCUAUCGGAAAUAGGGCGGAUAGUGAAGGAGAAGUAUCAGGUGAGUAUUGCGACGAUUCAGAUCGACACACCGAACACGUUCUAUGGAGAGGGUGGAUUUACUGUUGAUGGCAUGGCGAUUGAUCUGAAGCCAUCGAUAUCAGAGAUCCCAAAUGCUAUAGAGUCGUAG